GUCUUCCACCUUCAUCACCAUUUUCAUUUUUCACUAUACUCAUCUCUUCUGCUUCUAAAUCAAGUUGUAGUUCCACUCAAUGGCGUCUGGAAGCUUCAUCUUAUGGCUCCACGGUCUAGGUGACUCCGGUCCAGCCAAUGAACCAAUCCAAUCGCUUUUCACUUCCCCUCAGUUCGCCAACACUCGCUGGUCUUUCCCUUCUGCCCCGUCUCAACCUGUUACCUGUAAUUAUGGUGCUUUGAUGCCUUCGUGGUUUGACAUUCAUGAGAUACCCGUAACAGCUAAUUCCCCUGUGGAUGAAAGUUCGUUGCUUAAAGCAGUUCAAAGUGUGCAUAUAAUGAUCGACAAGGAAUUGGCUGCUGGAAUUGACCCUAAAAAUGUGUUUCUUUGUGGAUUUAGUCAAGGAGGUGCGUUGACCUUGGCUAGUGUUCUGUUAUAUCCAAAAACUCUUGGUGGGGGCGCAGUCUUUAGUGGAUGGGUACCGUUUAAUUCAAGUUCUAUUAUAGAACGGAUCACACCAGAGGCGAAAAGGACCCCGAUAUUAUGGUCACAUGGUAUAGCUGAUGGAACAGUGUUAUUUGAAGCCGGCCAAGCGGGCCCACCAUUCCUUCAACACGUAGGCAUGAACUGCGAAUUUAAGGCGUAUCCGGGUCUUGCGCAUUCGCUAAACAGUCAGGAACUUCAACACUUGGAAUCAUGGAUCAAAUCACGUCUACAAAGUUCAUCGUGAAGGUUUGACUAUAGUUGACCUUUUGCAUGUAUGGCAACAUUCUUGAAUUUGGAGGCACAUUAAAUUUUGUAAGAUGUUUUUCAUCUGAAUACUUCAUUGAUAUUGAAUACUUCAUUAAUAUUG